UCAGGAGACCGAGUCCGUAGGAGUGUCUCAGCAUCUCACCAACACAGUCUUCGUGGACAGGGCGUUGAUAGUUGUCCCUUUCGCGGAAGUAUACCAAAGUCUUCUCUAAGGACCGGGACCUGAACACGCCUUUACCAUGGGCAGAUACUCCUCAUGAGGCAGAGUGGAGAAGGCAAAAGCAGAGCCCCCCUUCCUUGAUGGCUGAAAGUGGUCCUCUGCCUGUAGCCGCCAACAGGGGACUGUAGGCAAUUACAAAAGGCCAGCCAGCAUUCAAGUCCCCCCCUCUCCCUCCCUCUCUCUCUCUCUCUUUUGUGUGUCAACUCUUCUUUCUCUUUCUCUCAUUCUCUCCUCCAGGUGUUUUUUUUAGUCUUUGCUUUGCAAUGCGAACACACGAGCUCUGUUAGAGGCGUCAUUUGUCAGGUCUCAUUUAUCGAGUCUGAUGAUGAAUUCGAGUCGACACAGUCCUAUAGUGUAACGUGCUGGUCUCAGCCAGUGUGUUUGAUCAGAACUGUGGAAUGUCCAAUCUGUUUUGCGCAAUGAAUUGGAUCCCGAUGGUAAGAGAGAACCCAUAGCCACAAGCUGCUCAAGACACACUGGCAUGUUUGAUUUGCACACCAAGGCACCUGGUUAAGGGCUGUAAUUUUGGGGAACAAUUGUCACAGUGGACCACUUAAGAGACCUGGGGGAAAAACAAACCACAUUUGGUCAACGAAAACCCACUAGAUCAUAAAUAUACACUCAAUAGCUCACAAGCUAGCCAACCAGUCUGUGUUUCUGUGUUAACAAGUUGCUGUAUCUUGAUACUUGUCUCACAUGUCCACUCCACAUAACAUGGCAUUGGUUCACUACUCUCUCUUUAACAGUGGUCUUUUUGUUGUUGUUGUUGUGUUUUACAGUUGUUUUUCCUGGCUCUGCCAGUCCUGUAAGCCAGGCCCUGCUGAAAAUACCACCCAUCCCUUUUGUCUCCUGCAGCUAAAUUCUCUCUCCCGUGUGCCCUUUUCUAAAUGUUGUUGUGUGUGUGUGUGUCCUCUCUUGAAAAAGGCAAACUUUGUGUUAGGGGAAAAUCAAUUGUGAUUUUUUUUAGUUUUUCUUUUACCAAUGCAUCCUAAUUACAGUACGUUCUGCCAGAGAAAGUAGACGUUCAUGGGCUUUCAGUUGCCUGAGCCCAUUGUUGUAUAAGGUGGAAACCAAGGUCACUAGUGAUUAUUUUAGUAUUCCACACUGACUCCUGUCAAAAGGUGCAAGUUAUUGGCAUUGGUUGUAGACCAAUUGCCAUAACAGGUAAGCAACUUAGAAACAGUGUGCAGCUCUUAAUGAAAACCUGUAUCCAUUGAGUGUUGUUUUCUCUCUGACAAUUUACUUUCCGGUAAGUAGAAACUGUCAACCUGUACAGUAUUGCUGCCAAUUUCUCUGAAACUCUUUUUGUUUUGUGUAUCUCGAUUUUCUCUGUGUGCUUUUAGUAGCGAAGCCGGCACCGUGAGUCGCUUGUUCUGUAAACAUCUAUAUGAAAAUUGAGAGCACACCCCACUGGAGAAGCCGCUGUGCUUGCUAACGUUUGGUUCAUGACUUAAAAAACAAGUUCAGGCGUUAUUCCAGAUGAGGCUAAGGCUUUGUCACUGCUGGCUCCAGCUAAUGCCGUAGCAGGGAUUCUACCAGGCGGAGGUCUGCUUCCCACGCCGAACCCAAUGGCCAAUCCAUCAAUGGGAGGCAAUCCUUUCGGUGGACCCAACAUGGACCCCAUGGCUGCGUUUGGAUUUCCAGGAGGCAACAUGAAUCCCCAGUCUCUGGCCGCUGACCAGCUUUUGAAGUUCAUGACGUCUGUGGACCCAAAACUCAAUCACAUGACUGCCGGGAUGAACAUGAAUCAAUGCAUGAAGCCGGACCCCAACAAAGAGAUCGAAGAGGCCAUGAAAAGAGUCAGAGAGGCCCAGUCCCUCAUCUCUGCCGCCAUCGAACCAGGAAAUAAAGAGAGCAAGAGGAAGCACUCGAGGUCCCGGUCCAGAUCCAGACGAAGAAGAUCCCGCUCUCGCUCCAGACACAGGCGCUCCACCAGCAGGUCGAGGCGCCGCUCCCACUCUCGCAGCCGGAGGCGCUCUAAGAGCCCGCGCAGGAGGAGGUCCCACUCUAAAGAACGAGCCAGGAGGUCCCCAAGCAAGUCCAGGGAUCGAAAAAAGGAGGAGAGGGAGAAAAAGCGCUCGAGGACGCCGCCCAAAAGCUACAGCACCACCAGGAGGUCACGGAGCCCGAGCCGGAGGCACAGGAGGAGUCGCAGUGCCAGCCGCUCACCCAAGAAGUCUCCCAAGAGGAAAGUCUCCAGGACUCCCUCACCUCGGAGGCAUAAGAAGGAGAAGAAGAGGGACAAGGAGAGAGAGAAGGAGCGCGAGCGCAGGAGCGAGAAGGACCGCGGCCGGGAGGAGAGGGAACUCUCCACCAGCAAGAAGAAGAAGAGCAAAGACAAGGAGAAGGAGCGGGAAAGAGAGAGGGAGAGAGAGAGGGAGCGGGAGAGAGAGCGGGAGAGGAAAUCGGAUGGCGAGAAGGGAGACGUAAAGGUUACAAGGGAUUAUGAUGAAGAGGAGCAAGGCUACGACAGCGAGAAGGAGAGGGAGGAGAAGAAGGACUCGGAUGAUUCUGGCAUGUCUCCUAACUCCGUAGAGGGCAACGGCACAGGUCCCCCAGCGAAGGAGGCCAAGGUCAACGGGGACGAUCACCACGAGGAAGACAUGGACGUCAGCGAAUGAGCUGGCCGCGCCCCACCCCCCCCACGCCCACCCCGAAACAUGCUUUAACCUAACGCCAUCCAUUAAUCUCAAUCUCUCAUCUGAUAGAAAAACCGAUCAAAUUGGUGAAUGUCUCCGCCUCCUAUAGUUAUGUCCCUGUCUGUGAAUGUUGUGUACAUGAUUAUUUUGACGUAUUUGCUGAACAGAAAUGUGAAAGGGUAUAUUCUGUAAUUUUAUAUUAAAAGGUUACCUUUUGUUUUUUUUCUUAUGUGCAACCUUUUUACUUUUUAGCAUAAGCUUAUGUCUUGGUAAUGCAAUAUGAAUCUUAUAUUAUUUGUCGGUGUUUGACAGAUUGCUGGUUAGAAGCAAAUCCAUUUCACUGCUAAAUUGCAAGUUAAUGGUCUUUUUUUCCUUUAGAUGAUAUGGUGGUCAAAAUGGCAGUUUGCUGUGGGGUUUUCCAUGCAUGUGUGGUCAGCUCAACGACUUCUGUGUCCUGUGCUGUACAUGCUCAUGUCCACAGCCCGUCCAGAAAGUGGUUUGAUUGUUGUGGCACUUUCUAGCUUUUCUCCCACACAGUCACAAUGUUCUGUAGAUCUUAACCUUAUUGUCAAGAAUGAUGUAUUGUGUUACCAUUUUUAUACAAUUAAAAACCAUUUGAGUGAUG